AUUGACACCGUACGAGUGGUACAGCCCCCACCCCUGCUCACAAGGCAGAUGCAAUCUUCUCGUGAAUCAGUACUCCCUCGGCAACAGCUUGUGGUUUCCAGUCGGGGGAUUUAUGCAGCAAGGCUCCACCAUCGCCCCCCAAGCGUUAUCCACACGCUGUGUCAGCGGAGUCUGGUGGGCAUUCACCUUGAUCAUCAUCUCUUCCUACACGGCCAACCUGGCAGCCUUCCUCACCGUGCAGCGGAUGGACGUCCCCAUUGAAUCCGUAGAUGACCUGGCUGACCAGACAGCCAUUGAGUACGGCACCAUUCAUGGCGGCUCCAGCAUGACCUUCUUCCAAAACUCCCGCUACCAGACGUACCAGCGGAUGUGGAACUACAUGUACUCCAAGCAGCCAAGCGUCUUCGUGAAGAGCACGGAGGAAGGGAUCGCGCGCGUGCUGAACUCCAAUUACGCCUUCCUGCUGGAGUCCACCAUGAACGAGUAUUAUCGUCAGCGCAAUUGCAACCUCACGCAGGUCGGGGGCCUUCUGGACACCAAGGGCUACGGGAUUGGCAUGCCCGUCGGCUCAGUGUUUCGCGAUGAGUUCGACCUGGCCAUUCUCCAGUUGCAAGAGAACAACCGCCUGGAAAUCCUGAAGCGGAAGUGGUGGGAAGGAGGCAAGUGCCCCAAAGAGGAGGACCACAGAGCCAAAGGCCUGGGGAUGGAGAAUAUCGGUGGAAUCUUCGUGGUUCUCAUCUGUGGCUUAAUCGUAGCAAUUUUUAUGGCAAUGCUGGAAUUUCUGUGGAGCCUUCGGCACUCUGAGCAGUCAGAGGUGUCGGUGUGCCAAGAAAUGGUGACGGAGCUGCGUAACAUCAUUCUCUGCAAGGACAGUUUCCACCCUCGUCGGAGACGAGGGGGAAUGAUACGGACUCGCCCCGUUAUCCCGGAGGAACGCCGAGCCCGCAGCACAACCACGCUCAGCAACGGGAAGCUGUGCAGUGGGGGAGAGCCAGAUCCCCUGACACAAAGACUGGCACAAGAAGCCGCCCUGGUCGCCCGAGGGUGCACACACAUCCGGGUGUGCCCCGAGUGCCGCAGGUUUCAGGGCCUCCGAGCCACAGGCUCGCCCGCACAGAGCGAAGAGAGCUUGGAGUGGGAGAAGCCCACCAACAGCAGCGAGCCCGAGUAA